GGGGUGGCCUUGGAAACAGAAAGAUGCUUGCUCCCACGAGGGGCGGGACAACCCAGGGCCAAGGUCAGGCUGGGUCCCGGGUGGCUUGCCGCCGCCUCCGGGCUCCACGUGGGGAGCGGGCCAGCGAGGUUGGCUUGGCAUCCACGCCCGGGGCUGGGAGCAGGAAGUAGUCUUCCGUGGGCGCGGCCCUAGGCGCGGUGCUGCAGGUGCGGCGCUAGGUAGCUCGGGCGGACGGCCAGUGCAAAGGAGGAGGGCCCCUUUGAAGCGGUCCAGGAUCCUGCACAUGGCACUGAUGGGGGCUUCCGACCCCUCCGGAGAGGCAGAGGCCAGCAAGGAGAAGCCCUUUCUGCUGCGAGCGUUGCAGAUCACGCUGGUGGUGUCUCUCUACUGGGUCACCUCCAUCUCCAUGGUGUUCCUGAACAAGUACCUGCUGGACAGCCCCUCCCUACAGCUGGACACCCCCAUCUUCGUCACCUUCUACCAGUGCCUGGUGACCACGCUGCUGUGCAAGAGCCUCAGCAUACUGGCGGCCUGCUGCCCCGGUGCCAUGGACUUUCCCACCCUGCGCCUGGACCUCAGGGUGACCCGCAGCGUCCUGCCCCUGUCCGUCGUCUUCAUCGGCAUGAUCACCUUCAAUAACCUCUGCCUCAAGUACGUCGGCGUGGCCUUCUACAACGUGGGCCGCUCACUCACCACUGUCUUCAAUGUGCUGCUGUCCUACUUGCUGCUCAAGCAAACCACCUCCUUCUAUGCCUUGCUCACCUGCGGCAUCAUCAUCGGUGGCUUCUGGCUUGGUGUGGACCAGGAGGGGGCAGAGGGCACCCUGUCUUGGACAGGCACCCUCUUUGGCGUGCUCGCCAGCCUCUGUGUCUCGCUCAACGCCAUCUACACCAAGAAGGUGCUCCCGGCCGUGGAUGGCAGCAUCUGGCGUCUGACCUUCUACAACAACGUCAAUGCCUGCGUCCUCUUCCUGCCCUUGUUCCUGCUGCUCGGGGAGCUUCAGACCCUCCGUGACUUUUCCCAGCUGGGCAGCGCCCACUUCUGGGGCAUGAUGACCCUGGGCGGCCUGUUCGGCUUUGCCAUCGGCUACGUGACGGGACUACAGAUCAAGUUCACCAGCCCCCUGACCCAUAACGUGUCCGGCACCACCAAAGCCUGUGCCCAGACGGUGCUGGCUGUGCUCUACUACGAGGAGACCAAGAGCUUCCUCUGGUGGACAAGCAACAUGAUGGUGCUGGGGGGCUCCUCUGCCUACACCUGGGUCAGGGGCUGGGAGAUGAAGAAGAUUCAGGAGGAACCCAGCCCCAAAGAGGACGAGAAGAGCAGCAUGGGGGUGUGAGCUCCUUCAGGGACCCGGGGAUGGCCCAGUGGGGGAGAAUGCCCAGGGCAGCUCUCUGGACCCUGAGAGGUAGUCUGGAGGGGGUAUUGUUUACAAACCUGCUCACAAAUCGGGUGGUUGAAAUAGAGCCAGUGUGUUCAAGUGAUGUCGGAAAGUUGCCAAACCUAUCUCGACCGCCUUUCCUGUUUCUGAGUUUUGUCCUCCCCUAGGGAGGCAGGACCCCCUGGGAACAGCCAAUGAGUUUCUCUGGAAGAGCACUCGCUUUCGGGGAGUAGGAGAAAGGCAGCACCCCAUCCUGUCCCCCUUCCGGGGCCUUCUACCUCCACAUGACCUUUGGGGUUGGGGACGGGCCACAACUUUGAGGGACAGUAGUAAGUCUUCACUUAUACUCAGGGGAGAUGGGGGUAUGACCCCACCACAGGCCAAAUGAAGGGGUUUGGGAAACCUCACAUCUGUGGGUCCCAGGACAGGCAGCGAAGCUUUGACCCCGCAAAUCAGCCUCCCUCCGGAGGAAAGUGUGGGCUGGGCUGAGGGGUGACACAGACAAGCGUCCCCUCUUGGUCUUCUGCGCCAAGACCACCAGUCCCCAGGGAAGGGCACGAAAGAUCAUUUGCACCCAAGCCUGGCUCUGGAAUCCCCAAGGACUGCUGGGAACGGGGCACAUCGUGGGAAAGUGCCCUUUUCCCACCAUCUGCACCCUACGCUCCCAGCUUUUGGACAUGGGGGAGCCACACAGCUUUUACAGGUUAAGCAGGGUCAUUAACACCCUCCCCCGGUCCCUGACACUGAGAAGCUCAUUCCUCCCCUCCUGAGGAGCCGCUAGCCCUCUGGUUUCCCAGCACCUGACUCAGGUAAGACCUCCCGGAGGUGCAGCCAGGUCACCCUCCUAACUCUGGCUUCCCAGAGCGUCAUCCCCAAGAGGACUGGUAGAGCCAGGGUCCUGGCUCAGAACCUUCCCCCUCAGCGGUGCUGUGCCUUCCCCUGAGCCAGAUCCCUGCCUGGGUGUUGGAACCUGACUCUGAUGAAGGUGAUAAAGUAACAAUUAACGUUUCUUCCCUGAGGUUAGGGCUGAAAGAACCUUCUCUUCCCCUUACCAAUGCCCUGCCCCCACACCCACCCCCACCCCCACCCCCGUGGGCUUAGGACGGCCUUCACAAACCCUGUCUCUUCGCCUGUGCAUUCUGUCCCACCCAUCUCCUUGGGAUAAUUCCUCCUGUUUUGUCCCCAUCAGGAAAGGUUGGGGAGAGUGGGUCUUCUCAUCCGCAGUGGUUUCUAAUGAAGUUAGUCUGGCUUGAUGUUCUGAACUGCGUGUGAGUUCAUUAAAAAUGGGAAUAAGACGUUGUAGUGGAAACCCUGACAGUUGGGGUUCUUUUCUUUCUUGCAAGGCUAGUGCCUGACUAAACUUUGAUUGCGGAAGCAUCCACUUCAGAGAUCGCCAGACACACAACCAGGCUGCCUCCCCAUCUGAGACCCCUUCAUUUUAAAGACCUUGAUGGAUUUCAGUAACCGAUCACUUGGGCCACUUCUUUUCUUCUCUUCCUACACUUUAAAUUUCCACUCCUAUGUUUUGAAUUCACCAAUAAAGAGUGAGCCUGCAAACCCUCGACCCCAAUAAAAGCAGAUCCCCAGGCCUGUGUGUGCUCUCAUUCUCGCUCUCUCCCUCCCUCUCCGGUCUCCCCCCCACCACCCCCACAUCGCUGUGUGGCCCCAGGUGUGCUGUGUAAUUUCCAGAUCCUGUAAGUAAUAAACCUUUAUUUUUUCAAA